AUGGCGUUCAAAUUGCUCGUCCUGCUCUCAGCUCUACCCUCUAUCUUCCCUCGGUUCGCCUCCGCGAACUACGAGAGUUGGACCGGGCUUCCCUACUGCGCACAAGACUGCUUCAGCAAGGCAAUCAAUGAUUCUCUCUCGACCUGCACCGAUGUGUCGCUUGACUGCUUCUGUCGGAAUACUGACGCUGCUAAGAAGUUCGACUUCUGCCUCGAGACCAAUGUACCUUGUGACUCGAACCCUAUCAACAACGAUGUCGAGAUCUUCAAGAAUCGUGUCUUCUGCAACGCCUCCGCCAACAGUGGCUUCAAAUACACGGUGAUCAAGGGCGCCAUGACCGUCACACUGGGAUCAGCUUCCGGGGGCGAUGAAGCAGCCACAGUCUCGGAUUCUGAUCAGACGCAGGCAUGUUACCAUGUCACACUGACAACCCAACUGCAUGGUUCGAAGGACUAA